CUUCAUACACUUGCGCUACAGAACACAGAGCAGCCAAAAAGAAAAUGCAGAGCCUGCAAGCCAAGGCCGCUGAGUGGAGCGGAGUUGACUCGGCGGACGCGUUCGCCAUCGACGAGUCAAACCUGUUUGAGAAACUAGGGCUCCAGGCCUUCGUCAACCUCUCCACCAAUUUCUACAACAGGGUUUACGACGACGAACAAGAAUGGUUCCGAUCAAUUUUUGCCAGUUCCAAGAAGGAAGACGCAAUCCAAAACCAGUACGAGUUUUUCGUGCAGAGAAUGGGAGGCCCCAAUCUCUACUCUCACAGAAGAGGCCAUCCGGCUCUGAUUGCACGUCACCGUCCAUUUCCCGUCACGCACGAAGCGGCAGAGAGGUGGCUGCAUCAUAUGCAGCAAGCAUUGGACACCAGUUCGGACAUUGAUGCCGAGUCCAAGCUCAAAAUGAUGAACUUUUUUAGGCACACUGCUUUCUUCCUUGUGGCUGGAGACCAGUUGAAGAAGAAUCAGACUCAGGCACAGCAACCUCCUCCAUGUAAGCAUGGAACCAGCAACAACCAAGAAGAAUCAGACUCGAGCACACAUUAACCUCCUCCAUGUAAGCAUGGAACCAGCAACAACCACCAUGCGUGCAAAAAAAUUUGAAAAAGAAAAGAAAGAAAAAGAAAUCUCCAUGAUCAGUAUUCAAUUGUUGACAGGAGCAACAAGAUUGUAAUACAGUAAUCUGAAGUUAACCCUCUUAAUUAUGUGCUUCAAAAGGAGCACAGCUUGUUACAUUAGCCCGUUAUGAAUAAAUCCAUGCAAAUAGAUCGUAGGUUUAUGCUUC